GCUGGAGGUGGGAAUGGUACCAGGUAGGAUAUUGAGCUUGGAAGCCUUCUCUUGAGAAGCCCGUGUCCCCUCUACCUGGUGUUCACUCAGCUGGCCCCUGAAGCUCCUGGUGCCUGCCGUGGGCCAGUGCCUGCCUGCCCUGCACGGAGAGGUGAGGGGAGGGUCUCAGGCUCACAGAGCCCAGAGGAAAGAAUCGCUCGGCAAGGGGGUGCCAGAGUUGGAACCCAAACUCAGGUCCCUGAGCCACCCUGGCUGAGGGCCGCAGCCUGCUCGGCAGCUUAGGGGUUAAGUACAGCUGUGUAAGCCGGAGCUGUUGCUGUCAGUUGGGAUCUCACCACGAAGGAAUGCUCUGCAAUCUUGCUAUUUGGACAUGCACCAUUCCCUCUGCCCCCUCGUGGACUACUCUGGGUCGUUGGUGGCAGCUGGGGUGAGCCGUCGCAUGCUCGUGCCAUUUGGCUAGACAGUGGGACAGGCCUGUGAGAGUCCCUCUCAUACUCAAGUCCCUCACUGUGGCCAGAGGAUGGGGCUCUAGGAGGAGUGGGGGAAGGCUGGGGUGGGAACGAAUGGACCACCAGGGUUGGCAAGGCCUGCUUAGAGGCCUCCUGGUGUAACAGGCAGGAUGGGGAACCUGGGCUUAGCCUGUCUUCUAGGUUCCACCUUGGCCACUCUGGGUCAGGAAAUCCAAGCUGUGCUUGCAGGCCCUUCGGAGGGCUGGGGCAGCCUCGGGCUUGUCCGACUGCCCGGGGGUGGGGCUGGAGAGCUCCCCAGGAAGCGGCCAGUGGGCUGCUGGUUCUUGAGAGGCUCAUUAAUGAAAACCCCUGAGGCUGACCACCUAGGGGAAAGGCUCAUGGUUCCCAUGUGUAGCUGAUAAGGGCCAGGAGAUUCCACAGUUCAGGUAGUUCCCCCGCCUCCCUGGCGUUUUGUGGUCACCAUUAAUCAUUUCCUCUAACUGUGUAUAUAAGAGUUCUUUUGCCAGUGAGCCCAGUGCUCAGAGAGAAAGGCUAAAGUCCUCCGGAGGAUGUGGCUGCAGAACCUGCUUAUCCUGGGCACUGUGGUCUGCAGCCUCUCCGCACCCACAGACAGCCCUGUCACCUGGGCCAGCAGGCACAUUGAUGCCAUCAACGAGGCCCUGAGCCUUCUGAACCACAGUGAAGACUCUGCUGCUGUGAUGAAUGAAACAGUACAAGUUGUCUCUGAAAUAUUCAAUUCCCAGAAGCCGACCAGUCCUGCAGACCCGCCUGAAGCUGUGAGCAAGCAGGGCCUGCGGGGCAGCCUCAGCAGGCUGGAGGGGCCCCCUGACAUGAUCGCGGACUACUACGCGCAGCUCUGCCCCCCCCACCCAGGUGAGUGCGAAACUUCCUGUGCAAACCAGACUGUCACCUUCAUACAUUUCAAAGACGACCUGGGCAGCUUUCUGCGUGACACCCCCCGUUGACUGCUGGGUGAAGUGAGGCAGGCGGGUCCAGCCAGGGCCCGCACAGAUCACUGCCCUCCCAACUGCCAAGAGCCAGCAGCCGACACUCUUCGCUUGGAAGGACCACGGGACAGGCCACGCCAUCCCUGACCAGGGCCUGGGAAGGGUGGGGGGUAUUUUUAUAUGGCUGGGAUCAUAUUCAUAUUUAUUUAUAUAUUUAUGUAUUUUUAUAUUUAUUUAUUUAUUUAAGCUUAUGCUCCAUAU